CCUCCGUCCACUCCCCCUCGCCGCCCCGUCUGUCUCCACCUCCUCUCCACACCUCCUCCUCGGCCACACCGCCACGCCUUGCCUCGCUACUGCUGCUGCUUCCACCAGCGGGAGUGGGCGGGAUGAAGGUCACCGUCGUGUCCCGGAGCGGCCGGGAGGUCGUCAAGGGCGGCAUCGACCUCAAGGACUCGGCCAAGGUCGCGGAUCUGCAGGAGGCCAUCCAUGCCAGGACUAAGAAGUAUUAUCCUGCUAGACAGCGGCUCACCCUCCCUCUUCAACCUGGAAAAGGUGGAAAGCCAGUUGUCCUCAAUCCAAAAGCCAGCCUAUCAGAAUACUGUGAGAAGGGUUCCGGGUCACUGACUGUAGUCUUCAAAGAUUUAGGCCCACAAGUCUACUACAGCACACUCUUCUUCUUUGAGUACUUGGGUCCUCUUAUCAUCUACCCCAUGUUCUAUUAUCUGCCUGUCUACAAAUUCUUUGGGUACGAGGGGGAACGGGUCAUCCACCCUGUCCAGACCUAUGCCAUGUACUACUGGUGCUUCCACUACUUCAAGAGGAUCAUGGAGACAUUCUUCGUGCACCGUUUCAGCCACGCGACAUCACCUCUGUCAAACGUCUUCAGGAACUGUGCCUACUACUGGACUUUCGGCGCUUACAUCGCUUACUACUGCAACCACCCGCUCUACACCCCAGUGAGUGAACUGCAGAUGAAGAUUGGGUUUGGCUUCGGGAUCAUCUGCCAGAUUGCAAACUUCUACUGCCACAUCCUGCUGAGGAACCUCAGAAGCCCAAGUGGUAGCGGUGGUUACCAGAUCCCUCGUGGUUUCUUGUUCAACAUUGUGACCUGCGCCAACUACACCACCGAGAUCUACCAGUGGGUUGGGUUCAACAUUGCUACUCAGACUGUAGCAGGCUACAUCUUCCUCGUGGUGGCUGCAAGCAUCAUGACCAACUGGGCGCUAGGCAAGCACAGCCGCUUGAAGAAGCUGUUUGAUGGCAAGGACGGGAGGCCGAAGUAUCCUCGCCGCUGGGUGAUUCUCCCUCCAUUCCUGUGAAGAGGUGAUGAUUGCGAUUGCUGCUGGCCUGUCACGAAUGCAAUACCUUCUGCGUUCCAGUGUUCAGAAGAAGUUCCAAGUCAUGAAUACCAUGCAAACAUUUGUACUAAAUCACGCCUUGUACCAGUGGAACUUCGAUUCCGGAGUCUGAAAUUUCUAAUCCGAAAGAUGGAUGCUAAAUUUUUCUUCGAUAUUCUGUCACAAUGUCAUGUGUUCCUGUCGUAAUAGUAAUACAUUGGAAGGUUCAUCUGAUGUUAGCUUCUUUUCGCCCCCAUUUGUCCAAGCAGAAGUAAAUGCAAACAUAACUUCAUUUU